AUGAAAUNGCCGUUGUUGGCGUCNGAAGAAUCAAUGAUGAGAAACUCUCCGACGACGUUNAGCAAACACGGUGAGAGGAGAAAGGUAGGAGAGGUCGCGGGAGGAGCGGCGGCAGAGUGUGCGGCGGUAUGGUGUUGUUGCCCGUGCACGGUGGUGAAUUUGGUUGUUUUGGCCGUUUAUAAGGUCCCGACAGCAGUUUGCAAGAAAGCGUGGAAGCGGAGCAAACGACGCCGUUUUAUGAGGAAGNGACAUGGUUUGCUUGCAUCAGCGGCAACAGAAGGAAGUCAGAGCACCGCACACGAUAGAUUGAACGAGGAAGAUCCCACGGCUCAAAUUAUUUUCGAAGAUAGCGCAGCGAAUGAUGACUUAAAUGAUGUCGUUAUGCUUGAGAAUGAGAUGUUGGAGCGUUUCUAUGGGGCAGGCUUUUGGAGGAGCCCCUCACAGAGGGACACGUCAUCGGCAAGUUUAUGA